AUGACAAAUCAGGAAAAGUGGGCUAACCUCAGUCCUUCGGAGUUCUCUCAGCUUCAGAAGUAUGCUGAAUAUUCCAGUAAGAAAAUUAGGGAUGUUUUGGAGGAAUUCCAUGGUAAUGGUGUGCUAGCAAAGUACAAUCCGGAAGGGAAGCAAGACAUUCUUAAACAAACGAUUGAUCUAGAAGGUUUCAAAUUGUUUAUGAAGACUUUUCUAGAGGCGGACCUACCAGAGGAAUUUUGUGAACAUCUCUUCACAUCAUUUGGCAACAAAGUCCCUCAUAGCAGUCCUUUGGUAAAGAAUAAACCCCAGCUCCUCCCAGGAGGUUUACGAAUUACUAGAAGUAUGACUGUGUCACGACCUCCAGCUCUUUCCACUUUGCAUAAACCAGACGUAAUCCAGUUAAAGGACAUUGUUUGCUAUCUUUCCCUACUUGAAAGAGGAAGACCUGAAGACAAGCUAGAGUUUAUGUUUCGCUUGUAUGACACAGAUGGAAAUGGUUACCUGGACAGUUCGGAACUGGAAAACAUAAUCACUCAAAUGAUGCACGUUGCAGAAUAUCUUGAAUGGGAUGUCACUGAACUCAGUCCAAUUCUUCAUGAAAUGAUGGAAGAAAUUGAUUAUGACCAUGAUGGUACAGUUUCCUUGGAAGAGUGGAUCCAGGGAGGAAUGACUACAAUUCCACUUCUCGUAUUGCUUGGACUGGAGAAUAAUGUGAAGGAUGAUGGGCAGCAUGUAUGGAGACUGAAACACUUCAAUAAGCCAGCUUAUUGUAAUCUUUGCUUGAACAUGCUAAUAGGAGUAGGCAAGCAGGGCCUCUCUUGUUCCUUUUGCAAGUAUACAGUCCAUGAACGUUGUGUUUCCAGAGCACCAGCUUCUUGUAUCAAAACAUACGUGAAAUCCAAAAAGAACACUGAGGUGAUGCAUCACUUCUGGGUAGAAGGAAAUUGCCCCAAAAAGUGUGAUAAGUGUCACAAAACUAUAAAGUGUUACCAAGGAUUGACUGGACUACACUGUGUCUGGUGUCAGAUCACAAUGCAUAAUAAAUGCGCUUCACACCUAAAACCCGAAUGUGACUGUGGUUCUCUGAAGGAUCAUAUUCUGCCACCCACAACAAUCUGCCCUGUAGUAUUGCAGACUCUUCCCCCGUUAGGAGGCUCACUUCCUGAGGAACGACAAGCAACUAUGAAAAAAGAAAAGAGUGGCUGUCAUCAAACAAACAAACUAAGUGAUCGGAACAAGAUACAGCGAGCCAAUUCCGUCACUGUAGAUGGACAAGGUCUUCAGAUUACUCCUGUUCCAAAUACUCAUCCACUUCUAGUUUUCGUCAACCCUAAGAGUGGCGGAAAACAAGGAGAAAGAAUUUAUAGAAAAUUUCAGUAUCUUUUGAAUCCUCGUCAGGUUUACAGCCUUGCUGGAAGUGGACCAAUGCCAGGAUUAAAUUUUUUCCGAGAUGUUCCUGAUUUUCGAGUAUUGGCAUGUGGUGGAGAUGGAACUGUGGGUUGGAUUCUGGACUGCAUAGAGAAAGCAAAUGUGAUUAAGCAUCCACCAGUUGCUAUUCUGCCCCUUGGAACUGGGAAUGACUUAGCCAGGUGUUUGAGAUGGGGAGGAGGGUAUGAAGGUGAGAAUCUUUUGAAGAUCUUAAAAGAUAUUGAAAACAGCACUGAGAUCUUACUGGACAGAUGGAAAUUUGAAGUAAUACCCAAUGAUAAAGAUGAGAAAGGAGAUCCAGUGCCUUACAGUAUCAUCAAUAAUUACUUUUCAAUUGGAGUGGAUGCUUCAAUUGCUCACAGGUUUCACAUCAUGCGAGAAAAACAUCCAGAGAAGUUCAACAGCAGAAUGAAGAACAAAUUUUGGUAUUUUGAAUUUGGCACUUCUGAAACUUUUUCAGCCACCUGCAAGAAGCUGCAUGAAUCUAUAGAAAUAGAAUGUGAUGGAAUCCAGUUAGACUUAAACAACAUUUCCCUGGAAGGAAUCGCUGUUUUAAACAUUCCAAGCAUGCAUGGAGGAUCAAAUCUUUGGGGUGACACCAAGAAAAGACGAAGCCAUCGUCGCAUUGAAAAGAACAGGCCAGAUAAAAGAACCACUGUUACGGAUGCUAAGGAACUGAAAUUUGCAUACCAAGAUCUGAGUGAUCAGCUGGUGGAAGUGGUUGGUUUGGAGGGAGCCAUGGAGAUGGGUCAAAUAUAUACAGGAUUGAAAAGCGCUGGGAGACGUCUUGCUCAGUGUGCAUCUGUUGUCAUCAGGACCAGCAAAUCUCUGCCUAUGCAGAUUGAUGGGGAACCAUGGAUGCAAACACCUUGUACAAUAAAAAUUACGCACAAGAAUCAAGCUCCUAUACUGAUGGGACCCCCUCCAAAAACUGGCCUAUUCUCUUCCAUCAUUAAAAAAACAAGGAACCACAGCAAAGAAUAA